AUGUCACUGGUUCCAAUAAAACAAUCACGUCAGGGUUCUGAACACGAUGAUGACGAUAAUAAUAACGAAUUGGAGCGGCGUGAAAAGGAAGAGGAUUGGAAAUUACCGAUUGCUUUUAAUAAACCAAGACAUACUGCUACCAUUGAAGGAAUUAAUUGUAUAACACAAUUCUGGCGAUUAAAAGAACGAAUGAAAACAGUAAGUGUCGCUCUUGUUUUAUGCUUAAACGUGGGCGUAGAUCCUCCAGACAUUGUCAAGACUCAACCUUGUGCACGGCUAGAGUGCUGGAUUGAUCCAUUGUCGGUGAGCCCCCAGAAAGCUUUAGAGACCAUUGGAUCGAAUUUGCAAAAACAAUACGAGCGAUGGCAGCCACGAGCUCGCUACAAGCAAAGUCUUGACCCUACAGUAGAGGAGGUCAAGAAAUUAUGUACAUCCCUGCGUAGGAAUGCCAAAGAAGAGAGGGUACUGUUCCAUUACAAUGGUCAUGGAGUACCAAAGCCGACAAGUAAUGGAGAAAUUUGGGUUUUUAAUCGCACCUACACUCAAUACAUUCCUUUGUCGGUUUAUGAUCUGCAAACUUGGAUGGGUGCACCAAGCAUCUAUGUGUAUGAUUGUUCAAAUGCCGGCAUUAUCGUUGACUCGUUUCAACAGUUUGCUGAACAACAUGAAAAAGAAUAUGAGAUUGAGAAACAAAAUCGCGCUGCCGGUGUCACUGGCGCUCAAAUGCCAUCUUAUAAAAAUUGUAUUCAGCUUGCCGCGUGUGCAGCUAAUCAAAUAUUGCCGAUGAAUCCGGAUUUGCCCGCAGACGUUUUUACCGCUUGCUUGACAACGCCAAUUAAAAUAGCUUUGCGUUGGUUUGUUAUGCAGAAUACUUCAAAAUUAGUUCCUAAAGUUUCACUGGAUCUUAUUGAUAAGAUUCCUGGACAAUUGACAGAUCGACGAACUAUGCUUGGAGAACUAAAUUGGAUAUUUACAGCAAUAACAGAUACUAUUGCGUGGAACACAUUGCCUCGUGAUUUAUUUCAACGUUUAUUUAGACAAGACUUGCUAGUAGCCAGUUUGUUUAGGAAUUUUUUACUUGCCGAACGAAUACUACGUUCUUAUGAUUGUACACCAGUCUCGUGUCCUAAAUUACCGCCUACAUACCAGCAUCCAAUGUGGCAGGCAUGGGAUUUAGCACUUGAUUUGUGUUUGUCCCAAUUGCCAUUAAUACUAGAGUCCGAAGAUCAAUUUGUGCAUUCGCCAUUCUUCGAGGAACAAUUAACAGCUUUUCAAGUAUGGUUAACACUUGGCUCCAAGAAUCGUGAACCGCCUGAGCAGUUACCAAUUGUCUUACAAGUCUUAUUGAGCCAAGUUCAUCGACUUCGAGCAUUAGAAUUACUGGGAAAAUUCUUGGACCUCGGCCCCUGGGCUGUCAAUUUAGCACUUAGCGUUGGGAUAUUUCCUUACGUAUUGAAACUACUGCAGAGUAGUGCUCGAGAACUUCGCCCGCUUUUGGUUUUUAUAUGGGCCAAGAUCCUGGCGGUCGACAGCUCGUGUCAAGCCGACUUGGUAAGAGAUGGUGGACACAAAUAUUUUUUGUCGGUUCUACAAGAUACCUCGAUGGCAAGUGAACACCGUACGCUGGCUACAUUUGUGCUUGCCAGUAUUGUAAAUAAUUACCCGCUCGGACAGGAAGCGGCUCUUCAGGGGAGCCUAGUGUCUAUCUGCCUGGAGCAGCUUAAUGACCCGAAUCCUCUAUUGAGACAGUGGCUGUGCCUUUGUCUCGGUAGAAUAUGGCAUAACUACGAGAAAGCUCGCUGGUGCGGAGUACGUGAUACUGCUCAUGAAAAAUUGGCAAUAUUACUUCAAGAUCCGAUACCUGAAGUUAGGACUGCCAGUGUUUAUGCUCUGGGUACUUUUAUUAACAGUGUGACUAAACGUAGUGAACAUGCUAAUAAUAUUGACCAGAUAAUUGCAAUGAUUCUUAUCAACAAUGUUACCUACGACAUGUCGCCGCUAGUGAGAAAAGAAUUAGUUGUCGCGCUCCAAUGGAUGGUUCUACAUUUUGAAAAUUCAUUUGUAACUCUGGCCGUCGCUGAAGAAAAUUCAAGAAGAGAUCUUGUCGUUGAAACAUUUUCACCCUUCAGUGGAAUGCGCCCAAUGGGAUCACGAGAUCGCUUGAAAAUGUUGACACCAAACAACUCACACGGUGACAAUAGCAUUGAGAGCAAUUCUGGUUCUGAUCGCAUCAAAAGAGUCUCCUCAUCGUCUUCAAUCAGCAGUUUAGGUAUGGUGGAGGUUAAUGUAUUGUCUUGUUUCACUGCGCUCACUGUAGGAAAUAAUUGGGAAUUCGUAAGGAAGCCUUGCGAGUCUCUUGGUCAUAGUUCAAUGGGCAGUUUACCGAGUCUUUCAUACGGUAGCGUGUACAUGAAAUUAUGGCAUGGUCUUGCCUCUCUGGACAACGAUCCUCAUCCAGCUGUUGCGAAAAUGUCGCAAAAAGUAACUAUUCACAUACGUAAUCAAGCUAAAGAUUCUACAGCCCCGAAAGAAGUUGCAGAGACAAAAUUAGCUUCGUCACUGUCACUUCCACCUUCGCCGUCAAAUCGCACAAAUUAUCUCAACAAAGAUUCACCUCCCACAACAAACUCUACCUCUGAUUUGUUACGAUCAAACCGAAUACCUGUUUAUGGAAAUCGUAUAAGAAAACCGAUUCCAAAUACCAUCUCCGAGGAGACAGAUGAAAUAAUCGGGUUGCGCAAACCGCUGACAAGUUCACAAUUUGUCGAGUGGAGUUGUGCUCAAUUUGCUCAGCCUGUGAGCUUUGACAGCGUGACAGAGUCAACCAGUGACUUGGAAAGUCGAGCACACUACGAGCGUGAAUGGAGAUAUUUGCGAAAUACAAGACAGCGGCGUGACGCGCGUGAAGAAUAUCAAAAGACACAUGCAGCGAGAAUCGAGUCCCAGGUAUUCCACAGCCGAAGUCCACAGCAGCCAGACGUCGUUAUGCUCCACCCGUUCGAUUCGCACAUGGUUGUAGCUUGCAAGGACAGCUUUGGAGUAUGGGAUUGGCACUCGGGUACUAAAUUGACGUAUCACACGGCUCGCAGUAGUAAGAUGUCUGCUAAAAUUACCUCACUGGAGUUUAUUAACUCCCACGAUGUCUCAUAUUUGAUGACGGGUUCAGACGAUGGUGCUGUACGAGUCUGGAAAAAUUACUGCAACAUGUUGGGUCGUGAACCCACGUUACUCACCGCGUGGCAAGCGUUAGCAGAUGUCCAGCCGGCUACUAAACCCUCCGUGGCCUCUGCGGGUCUGGUUACAAGUUGGGAGCAACGAUCUCUGACAUUAGCUGCCUCAGGAGACGUAAGAGUUGUCAGACUCUGGGACGCUGCUACGGAAUUGAAGAAACAGGACUUGCCGACGGGUUCUGAUUGUUGCGUCACUUGUAUAGAUACCGACGGAACAGGCUCAAUGAUGGUCCUCGGGUGUGGCGAUGGUUCCGUACGGCUGUUUGAUCGGCGAUUACCACCCGCUGAAGCGAGAAUAAUGACCUGGCGUGAACACAAUGCCUGGGUCCUUGGUGCUUAUUUACUUAAAUCAAACGGCUUACAUACUGAACGUUUGAUCACUGGCUCGUCUAGCGGAGAUGUUAGGAUAUUUGAUCUCAGAAAAAAUUCAUCAAUAAAUGUUGUACAAACUACUCAAGGUCUGACGGCGUUCGCUGUCCAUCCAAUUGCCAAUCUUUUUGCUUGUGGAUCUAUGCAUCACUGCAUUAGUAUAUACAAUACUACGACUAGCCAUCCUGUGAAUACAAUAAAAUUCCAUGAAGGAUUUAUGAGCUCGCGCAUAAGUCCUGUGAGCUGCUUAAAUUUUCAUCCGUACCGAGUGAUCCUUGCUGCUGGAUGUAUCGACAAUUCCAUCACUACUUAUGCCGCUGAACCACGUAGAUGA